AUGGUCGAAACAGAACCCGGAACUCCCACAUGGAAGUUCACCCAAUGUUUUGGCGAUAAAGGAGAUGUCGAAGACAUAACAGAAGCAGAUAUCAUUUCCACCGUCGAAUUCGACCACACUGGGAACUAUCUUGCAACCGGAGACAAAGGUGGUCGCGUUGUCCUUUUUGAACGAAAUGAGACUAAAAAGACAUGCGAGUACAAGUUCCAUACAGAAUUCCAAUCCCACGAACCAGAGUUUGAUUAUCUCAAAUCCCUCGAGAUAGAAGAAAAGAUCAACAAGAUCAAAUGGUGCCGACGACAGAAUGCGUCUCACUAUCUUCUUUCUACAAACGAUAAGACCAUCAAACUCUGGAAAGUUUUUGAGAAGUCCCUCAAAGUCGUUGCCGAGAACAACCUCUCCCAAGACCUCACCCCAGCCGGUGCUGGUGGUGGAGGGGCACCUCGUCCUAACCACAUCCACUUCAAGGAUGCCUCUCAGCUGAAGCUUCCUCGAAUGACUCACCAUGAUACCGUCGUAGCCGCAGUUCCUCGACGCACGUACGCGAAUGCACACGCUUAUCACAUCAAUAGCAUCUCUGUCAACAGCGACGGCGAGACCUUCAUCAGCAGUGAUGAUCUGCGCAUCAACUUGUGGAACCUGAACAUCCAAGACCAGAGUUUCAACAUCGUUGAUAUCAAGCCAGCAAAUAUGGAGGAGCUCACUGAAGUCAUCACUGCUGCCGAGUUCCACCCACAUAGCUGCAAUUGGUUCAUGUACGCAAGCUCAAAGGGUACAAUCAAACUGGCCGAUAUGCGUGAGAGCGCACUGUGCGAUCAUCAUGCUAAACAGUUCGAGCAAGAAGAAGACCCUUCCUCGCGAUCCUUCUUUUCCGAAAUCAUCUCCUCCAUUUCCGAUGUCCGCUUCUCACAUGAUGGUAGGUACAUUCUAUCAAGAGAUUAUUUGACGGUCAAGAUUUGGGACGUAAACAUGGAGAGACAACCCGUCAAGACUAUCCCCAUCCAUGAGCAUUUGAGGCCUCGUUUGUGCGACACGUAUGAAAACGAUAGUAUCUUCGACAAGUUCGAAGUGGUCUUCAGUGGUGACGGGAGCAACGUCAUGACUGGGAGCUACAACAACAACUUCAUGAUCUAUCCCUCAGAUCCUGAACAAGAGACGGAAGUGGUCCUGCAGGCAGACAAGUCGGCCUUCAAGGCUAAGAAAGUUGGAGUGCCGACUCCCAUUAACUCGGCCAGCCCUAACGGUGCCAAGAAAGGUGGUUCAAGAGCAGGCAGCCCUGCAGCAGGUCAAGGAAGCAGAAUGAGAAAAGAAACAGACGCCGACCAGAUCGAUUUUAACAAAAAGAUCCUGCACAUGAGCUGGCAUCCGUUUGAAGACAGCAUUGCGAUCGCUGCGACGAACAACGUAAGUUCACUGUCCAUUUUGUGA